CCCGCUGUCGUGCCAGAUGACUCGGUGCCCGCUGUCGAGCUUGAUGACUCAGUGCCCGCUGUCGUGCCAGAUGACUCAGUGCCCGCUGUCGUGCCCGGUGACUCGGUGCCCGCUGUCGUGCCAGAUGACUCGGUGCCUGCUGUCAUGCCAGAUGACUCGGGGCCCGCUGUCGUGCCAGAUGACUCGGUGCCUGCUGUCGAGCUUGGUGACCCAGUGCCCGCAGUUCUGCUAGAUGGCUCGGUGCCCGCUGACGUGCCCGAUGACUCGGUGCCCGCUGACUUGCCAGAUGACUCGGUGCCCGCUGACUUGCCAGAU